AUGCCGGUUACCAGGUCACAGAAGGAUGCCCCCUCACGCCCCGUCCCUCAGAUAAGGACGCGACAGGUGAAAUGUCGGGAUCCGAAGGGGUCACUUCUGCGUCAGCGUCAGCAUCAUCAGGAACAGCAACUACGUCAGAUCGUCAGAUCUUCAGGCACUACGACCACAGAGAAUACCACCACGACAGAGACCACGGUUGCAACUACCACCACGGCGGCGUUCGAGGAUAACGGACAGAAGGAUGAAGCCGCACAGAAGGAGACGACCAAAAAGACUCCAGAGGACAUUCCAGAGAAGGGCGUUCAUGGCUCUGACACAACCCUUAAGCCAAAGGGGAUCAGUCGUCGCGCCAAGUCCAUGAAGACCACGAGCUCCUCAGUCAGGAGACGGAAGCUGGAAGAAGGAAGCACGCAUGGAGCUGAAGCAAGCUCAAGCUGCGGCGAAGCUAGCACGCGUCAGAUUAGAGCUGGCACAAUGUGA